UUUUCUGUCGAUGUAUUGAAAUGUCCACUACACAUAGGCAUCGCUAUAAAAAUGCUGGACUGGACUCUUCCGAAAUGCGUAGACGACGCGAGGAGGAGGGCAUUCAAAUACGCAAACAAAAACGUGAGCAACAGCUCACCAAAAGACGCAAUGUGGUUUUGGAAAAUCCUAAUAGCGCCCUAUUAAAUAACAUGGAUAAUGAUAUUAUGCAGGAAUCUGAAAUGCUUCAACUUCCCAAUGAUAUUUUAACACCAACCGAAGGUUUGGAUUUAUCUAAGAAUUCUGAACUACAACAGCAACAACAACAACAGUACCAACAUAUACCUCAAACUGUGCUUAACCAUCAGCAACAACAACAGCAGCAGCAACCAAAUGUUUACAUUUCACCACAACAACAGCAAACGAAUACCGUGAUUAAAAAAGAAAUGAUUGAUGCUUUAUACAGUGAAAUCGAAAGUGUACAAUUGGAUGCCACACAAAAGUUUCGCAAAUUAUUAUCUAGAGAUCCAAAUCCACCCAUUGAAGAAGUCAUACAAAAGGGUAUAGUUCCAAGAUUUGUUCAAUUCUUAAAGAACAAUAAUAAUUCUUCAUUGCAGUUUGAAGCCGCUUGGACUUUAAAAAUUGCUUCGGGUACUUCACAACAAACCAAAAUUGUUAUUGAAGCUGGUUCAGUUCCCAUCUUCAUUGAAUUACUCUCAAGUCCUCAUGAUGAUGUACAGGAACAAGCUGUUUGGGCUUUAGGUAAUAUAGCCGGUGAUUCGCCAGCCUGUCGUGAUCAUUUGCUAAAUUCGGGCAUAAUGCAACCUCUAUUGCAUGUUUUAAGCACCACCGAACGUUUAACAAUGAUACGUAACGCCGUUUGGACCUUGUCCAAUCUGUGUCGUGGUAAAAAUCCUCCAGCAGAUUUUACAAAAAUUGUUCACGGUCUACCCAUAUUGGCGCGUCUAUUAAAUCACUCAGAUACCGAUGUAUUAAGUGAUACAUGUUGGGCCAUUAGUUAUCUAUCCGAUGGUCCUAAUGACAAAAUACAGGCUGUUAUAGAUGCUGGGGUUUGCAGGCGUUUAGUAGAAUUACUAAUGCAUCCCCAACACAAUGUAGUCACUGCUGCUUUGCGUGCUGUAGGCAAUAUUGUUACCGGCGAUGAUGUACAAACUCAAGUUAUUUUGAAUUGUAAUGCUUUGCCCUGCAUUAGUUAUUUGCUUACCUCACCUGUGGAUACGAUUAAAAAAGAAGCCUGCUGGACGAUCUCAAAUAUUGCAGCGGGCAAUCGUCAACAGAUACAAGCCGUCAUCGAUGCCAAUAUCUUUCCUACUCUCAUUAAUAUUAUGCAAACGGCUGAUUUUAAAACGAAACGAGAGGCCGCCUGGGCCAUAACAAAUGCCACAAGUAGUGGUACGGCUGAACAAAUACGAUAUUUGGUUCAUGUUGGUUGCAUACCUCCCAUGUGUGACUUCUUAACUGUCGUCGAUUCGGAUAUAGUACAGGUGGCAUUAAAUGCUUUAGAAAAUAUACUUAAAGCAGGUGAAAAAUUCACUGCAAGACCAAACCCCUAUGCCAUGGCUAUUGAGGAAUGUUCAGGUUUGGAUAAAAUCGAAUAUUUGCAAUCACAUGAAAAUCGUGAUAUAUAUAAUAAAUCCUUCUAUAUAAUCGAACAAUACUUUGGCAAUGAGGAGGAGGACGUACGAGUAGCACCCUCAGUGGAUGGUAAUCAAUAUGCGUUCAAUACGGAUUUAGGUGCUCCACAAGGUGGUUUCAAUUUCUAGCCUCCUCAACUGAUGAUAAAAUAAUACUAAAACAUUAUUAUAAACAACAUACAUAAUGAUGAAUGACGAACUUAGUUAGUAAAGCUAUAAUGACUACCUACUAUUACUACUGCUAAGACAAAAGUAAAUUCUCACAAGUAUUUGCAAUUAUACGCAACCAACCAACCAACCAACUAACUACAAACAACCAAAUAUGAAAUCUUUAAAUUGUAAAUGAGAUUUAUUUGUUUUUUUGCAAAAGAAAUAUAAUGUAAAACAUAA